AUGAAGGAAUCAGUGACAAUUGGCAAUGCUGCAGCUCGUGAUGUAUUUUGUAGCUCGAGUCUGAGUCAAUUGAGCAAUGUAGUGACACCAGAUGCUGUCAAAGCAGCCGACGUGCGGGGAGUUUUCAAGCAGCGGAUGAACAAGCAACGGGCUGGUGUUUUAAAGAGUCGCCACACAGAAAUUGGGAACACAAGAACAGAAGAACAGUGGUCGUGGGUUGUCGGUUGUUGA